AUGGCGGACGCCCAGGCCUCCCUGACGAUCCUAGCAGAAGAGCUCGAUAUAGAAAAACUUAAGCUAGCUCUUCUUGACAUCAACGUGCUGCUGGAGCCGCUCCUGGACUUGGGCCGGGUUGGAAAGGUUAAUGCCGAAGCUUUGCGGCCAGUCGCCCGCUCACACGGCUCUGUUGUGACGUCGCUCCUCAAGUCCAUGGGAUGCCGCCUUUCUCCCGAUUCAAAGCACAGCCACGACCUUAUGCUCGUAUUUGGUGACGCGGCGUCACUUGGCCUCAAUGCUCUCGACUGCCUGCGCCCGGUGAUCAAAACUUCCCAGCAUGAAUUAGAUAUACAGAGAUACAACUUUGUCCGGAAACUGGCAGGGCAUGGGCUUCAUGAGCAUGCGAUGGUGCAAGGAAAGGUGUUGCUCGCAUCAGCGGCCACGAGCCCAGGCACCAUAACUGGCCCCAGCGACCUCCAUAUCGCAGCUGUGGCAAACCUGCUUGUCUGUUACUCAGCUCUGGUGAAGCAGGGAGCGAGCCGGGCUGAAGCGUUAUGGAGGGACAUCCACGGUCCUGUUGACAGCUUGCUUUCUCUGGCCAGGGAGGCGGUAGACACCCAUGAAGCAGCGAAUCGGCUUGACGUGGUGUUGAAAUGCCUCAGCAAGGUGGUGGAGACGCUGCAGUACGCAUGUGUGGCACGAAAUCUAAGCCCGGCGGCAGUUGCACAGCAGCUGAGUGCACUGACAUCUUGUGGCGCCUUAUGCCGGCAGGAGCAGGCGGUCCAGCAAAUGCUUGUGGAUGAUGCUGCAGCGGCACCAGAUACGGUAAAACUUGUGAUGACGGAGGCUCUGCUCCACUUAAUCACUUCCGAUGGGUCACUGUCGGAGCAUCUAGUGCCCGUGAUUCACCAACUCAUUUUGAGGCUUGGGCAGAAGCGGACGGGUCCUGCGCCGCCGGUAGACUAUCGCUUGGACCUUCUGGAAGACGGUGAUUCUGCGGAUGCUGACGUGGCGGUUCCUAGCGGUACCUCAGCCGUGACGACUGCCGUGCGUUUGCUAGUAGCACAUGCUCUUUGCACAGGCCAGUUGUCUGCCCUUCGCGAGGACAUGUCUCGGUACGUGGAGCUGCUUAAGCGGCUGCUUACCAGUCCUAAACAUCGUUAUCGGCAUGGUGGUUCGGCCAGUGUUGAGCCUGCACUCCUCCACAGCUUGUCAGCGUCACUCGGGAAUGCAGGUCUUGACCUGCUUCAGGCGCAGCAUGCAGCACCUGCAGCUGUCUUGCUUCAGGCAGCAGCAGACCUGGCCCUUGAGCGUGUGCGUCAAUUACGAGCUCUGCGCAGUCUGGUCCCAGAGACGGACAUCUUACAGCUGAUUAAGAAGUGCAAGGCGCACGUCAUGGCUCUUCAGCAGCUCUCGCUACAUGAGGAUGCCAUGGCAGCAUCGGGAGCUUGCGUGGCCCAUUUGCAUAUGCCGUCUCAGGGAGACGUAAGCCCUGCAAGCACAAGCGACGCGGUCAUCGGCAGGCUGAUUGCGGUGACCAAGACUGGAACAGCGGUGCCGCGAGCCUUGGUGCAGUUCCUGGCUGCGGCUGCCAUUCGAGAAAGGGGUGGACGAUCAGGUCUUUUGAAUGCCCUGGACAUGUAUGCUGUACAAGAGCUCGAAGUGGUGCGGGACGAAAGCAAACGCCGUGAGGAGGAUAGCCUCCAGUCGCUUUACAGCAAUGCUGUGCUAGGUGCCUUGCACGCAUGCUCCAGCGCCGCUGGAAGCAGCCAGAUCCCCCAUGCGCGGGAGCUGCUAGUUAAGGCAGUGAUUUCCAAUGCUACCCUUGAGGCGCAGACGUGCGACCUGCGCUUCUGCUGCGAGCUUCUGGACGCCCAUGCAGUUCAGAUAUCAAAAACUGGGGUCUUGCCCGCCGCUGAGCUGGGCCUGCUGGAUUCCGCCGCGCUCGCGCACGCGCAACUUGGCUUAUGCUUGGCGCAAUCUCAAAUGUCUGGGCGCAGUUGCCUGGCCGACACUGACGCAGUGGAUCACAUGAACCGAGCAAUAUCUUUAUGGAAUCAGCUGCUGGAAGCAUGUGGCAGGAGUGGUGCGGGUUUGCUGCUCAGGAUGCCGCAGGCAACGCUGCAUGCAGCCCUACAAGUGCAGCAGUUCGUACACCUUCGCAAUGGCAAGAUGGCUAGCUACAGCGGGGAAAUCAUCUGGCGGCUGAUGUCCAAUCUGGACUCCCAGGUGAAACUUCGUGAGCAACACAUUUACCUGCUGUCAUCAACGAUGCCGUUCACGUCGUGCACGGCAUGGACAUUUACCGCCCAGCCAACUGCACCCCUCGCCGAGGCGUUUGAGGAUAUGCAGCAGCACAGAAAGCUAGCAGAUGUCCUAAAGAUGACGGAGCCGGUCAGGAACAUUUACGCUAGCGGCGCGACCGACCAUGUUGCAGCUGCUGCCAUCGCGGAGUCCUGUGCCAUGGAGCUAGAGCACAGCGGCUUUUUGCGCCAUGGUUCGGCGUCGCUACUGUUGCGCAGUCAGUGCUGCCAGCUGGCAGCUGCCGCCUACCUACGUGCGGGCAAAACGGCGUCCGCUUAUGUACAGGCUCAGGAGGCACUGCGCAUCACAUGUAGCCUGUUCAUCCUCCUCGAUUGCCCAGCUCUUCCUUACCAGAAUGCUGCGGCCAGAGGCAGCGGGCCGGCUACGUCGACCGCAACGGACCAGUGCGACAUGACGCCAGCUGAAGCGGCGGCAGCUGCCAUCAAGUCGGGUGCUACGACGACUGUGCUGGAUUAUGCUGCGGAAGACUACCCAAGCAAUGCAAAGCAGCAGGCUAAUGACGACGCGGUACUGUUUGCCAGCUCUAACACGGGAAAUGGAGCUCUAGAAAUGCGGUCUAGCCGUGGAUUUAGCAUCGGUCUGGCAUGGGCAGUUGCGGCGGCGCACCUUGCGUCCCUGCACAAUGCGGCCCGCGUGUUUGAGGCGGCAGGCUGCGCUGAGGACGCCAUCUGCCUCUGGAAAGAAUGCAGUCGCACAGCAGAGCUUUUUGGUGCAAAUGGCGUGCAGUUGCUGUGCAGUGGCUAUUUGGCAGAGCUAUCAUGCCGGCGGGGCGAUGCGGAAACUGCAGCCGCACAAGUGGAAACGGCAGAUGUGGCCAUGAGCAUGUACGACGUCCACGUCGCAAAAAGUGACCUGCACGCGGCCGACGCGGCAUUGCUAACUGCCCAUGUGUGCUCAGCCCGUGCGCGGCUCGCGUUAUUGCAUCAAUGCCAUGACCAGGUUAAUGAUGCCAGCCACAAGGGCACGGCUGCAUGCUGCAUUGCCGUGGCGGCAGCCCAACAAGACCUGGCAAGCGCAUGCCAACAGGGCUGCACCAAGACUGCUCCGAUGCGCCGUGAUGUCUUAGCUUGGCAUGGCAUUUGCCUACGCGCUCAGCUCGACAGGAUGCGUGCCGAGGCCUUGCUUCAGGAUGGCCGCCGCCAAGAAGCGGCUCAACUCCUGGACAGUGCGUUGGUUCAGCUCCAGCAGGCAGCAACCACGAGCUCCAGCCGCAGCGCUGCUGAAGUCUGGCCGGUGGCUUAUGGGCUCCUGCUGGCGCACCGGGCAACUGCAACGUCACCGGCCGCUUUGCUGGCCAGCGACAGCGCGUCAGUCGUGGGCCUGGGCCUGGGCCAUAACGGCCCCAACAGCUGCCUUGCAAAGCACGGUUUAGACCAGACAUCAAGCAGCGAUACAUCAGACACGACCGAUAGGUUAUCAGGAGCUGACCAGUCAAUAAAGAGGGGUGGAAAGCCUAACGCCAGCAGCGGCUCGUCCAAAAGCCUUCCUAAGCGUCAGCCGCGGCUGCAAGAUGCGCGGCAAGCAGACGGCGCUACGUCGUUCGACGAUGCUGGUGCCGUAUGUUGGAGCGUCCCUGCAUUGCUCCAAUCUUUGCAGCUCUGCUGGCAGUUGCCGCUGGCUGCCGUGUACGCCUGCCGUCAGCUUUUGAAUGCUGCUAUUGCGCUGGGCCUGCCCUACGCGGCAACCAUGUUCCUGCACCUAGGGCAGGGAAUGUCGUACGCUCAAGAGCAGGCUCUGCAGCAGGAGUCCAGACGUUUUGCGUCCCAGAUUGUCCGACAGCUUCCAGAUGCAACUGAUUUGGACAUCUGCACGCAGCGUAACCCUCAGGACAAUGGAGAUAUGGAGGCCAAUGGGAUCGCCUGCAGCUCAGGGCAAUCUGAGUUCAUCCUUACAGCGGGCAUCCGUGAAGUUGCCAUGUCGAUGCUCUCGGAGAUUCACUUGAAAAACGCCAGCAUUACUGACACCCUUCUGUACCUUGAGAACUGUGCGGAGACGUGGGUACACCGGGCGCUUAGUAUCCUUCCGCCAGAUGUUGUAGUCUCCUGCAUCACCCAAGACACCCAAGGUGGCCAGCUGCUUGUGGGCCGCCUUACCCAUGGUGGCGCGCCCUUGUUGGCGGUCUUGCCGGGCGCCCGUGCUGGCGUUUCUGGGCGACAGCCAACCGAGUGCUCUGCUGCAGGACGCCUUCCCAGUCACGUUCUGGACCGCUGUGUUGCUCGGCUGCACCAGCUGCUUGAGGAGAGCGGCGACAGCAUGCACAUGGACCAAGACGCGGCUUCGUCACAGAGCCAUAAAGUUAAAUGGUGGAAGACGCGCGUUUCGCUAGAUGAAGGUGUAAGGGGACUUCUACAGGAGCUUGAUGAGCAGUGCCUAGGGCCGUGGCGGUGUCUCCUUUUGUCAGUUCCUAACGCACACCUUGAGGUCUGGCGGGCUGCCGCCGAUGCCUUCAUUGCCGAGCAUUUCCCAUCAGUACACAGCAGCGGCGAGGGGCAUUGUGGCAGCCCUGCGGCAGUCCUGCGGGAGUUGGUCAUAAUUGCAUUGUCAAGCAUGCGCCACAUGAAGGGUGGCGACCUGGCCGCAUUGCUAGGUAUUAUCUGCAACCAGCUUGGACUUCAUGGAGGCCAGUCCUUAACAACUGGCCUAGUGAUGGAAUUCGCAGCUGCUGAGGCUGCCGCACGAGUCCAGCUCUUGAAGCUGCCGCCCGACGAACAGAGCUCUGGCUCCAUGCCAUUUAGCACGAAUGAGUCGCGGUGUGAACAGCCGUCGCCAGGGAGUGGUCCUACAGUGCCGCGGGGUCGCAUUGGAACCGCCCCCACGACUCGCACACGGCCGGGUGCGGCAUUUGAGUCACUGCACAACACAACAGCUGCUCACAGAUUGGGCUUAAGUCGGCGGCCAGGAUCUUCCAGCGGGGGCUCGGAGUCCGUGGACACGGAUAACGCACCACCGCAGCCGGAUCAGCCUUCGGAGUGCAGUAAAGUGGAUACUGCACAUGGCAUAGCCAGGACACCAUCGACAACGGAACCCAGCAGCGGCACACCACAAGGUUCAAAGUCGGAGCUGGCAGGAACGGUGCAGCCAGCCGCUGGGCCAGUGCUCUUGGUGCUCAGCCCUGCGCUACACGCUCUCCCCUGGGAAAGCAUUCCCUGCUGCCAUGGCAAGGAGCUCUACCGCAUUCUUAGCUUACAAGUUGCAUGUGCAACGGCAUCAGCACGAACCGAGAUGCAACAUGUGAACAUAUCAAGUGAUCUAGAUGGGCGGGUUGCAGCAUUGAGGCACUGCGGCAGCCGUGGCAUGACUGUAGCUGGUACGAGCGGGUCUGCAACGUCCGUUUUCUAUGUGCUCAACCCAAGCAGCGACCUGGUCGAGUCCCAGCAAUUUCUUCAGCCCAUCCUCGAGGCGCAAGCCCAUUGGAAGGGUAUCACAGGCGAGCGGCCAAGCACCCAGGCGCUCCUCACCGCACUGCAGUCGCACGAGCUGUUCCUGUACUUCGGCCACGGUAGUGGCGAACAGUAUCUACCCCUGCCCGCACUGCGCAAACUGCAGCGAUGUGCGAGCUGCAUGCUGAUGGGCUGCAGCAGCGGGCGGCUCCGUUUGCACGGGGCAUAUGACCCAUCCGGUGCAGCCGUGGCGUAUUUGCUUGCAGGUUGCCCUGCGCUGGUCGCGAACCUGUGGGACGUUACGGAUCGGGACAUCGACCGCUACGCCCAGGCGUUAAUGCACUCCUGGCUUGGUUGCACUGCCUCGACGCCAUCGGCCUCGACCGGCAGCAAAUGCGGCAUGGCUGGUGGGGCCAAGCGUGAGCGGCCUUGCUCGGACGUGGGGCCCAGCGAGCCGCUCGGUCUGGCAGUGACGCGCAGCCGUAGCGCAUGCAAGCUUACGCAUCUGAUUGGCGCUGCACCGGUUUGCUAUGGUUUGCCGUUUGGGCGUUGA